AUGACUAAGAAUCGAAUUAAUGGCGUUGAAGAGUUCCGUACAGAAUUUUCUGUUCGUGAACAAUCUAUUGUUAAUGAAAUGCGAGAGUCACCAGGGUCAAAAGAAAGAUCCGAGAAGAACACUUUCCCUUCAGAAUUAAUGAUAACAGCAAAAUUGAGGAAACCUUUCGGUCUAAGGAUCAACAAAUGCAAUUUAAUGGUAACGCUUGUAGAGCCACAUGGUGCAUCGGUAGGACACGUUAGCGUGGGUGACCACAUCGUAGCGAUAAAUCACCAGGAAUUGAAAACAGUCAAGGACUUGAAUGAGAAACUUUCUGGAAAAGAACAAGAAGCACUCGUUACAUUAAAACGUUCUAGCUUUUCAUGUUGCAAACAUAUGUUAACAACUGUUGAAACUUUAACUGUUGAGAAAGAUAGCUCACUAAAAGUAGUGAGAGCCAUCGAAGUGUACAAGGUAUUAAUUCAUCUAGAAUCAUUCCCGGACGUAGAAUUAAGUCAGGAAUUGGGUUUAUCAGUGAAGUAUGACAACAAAGAGCAGUUACAAGUAGCGAGUGUGAUUCCAGGAAGUUUGGCAUCAAUACAUCUACGACCUGGCGAUAUUAUUAAACGGAUAAAUGGCGAAAACGUAUCAAGCAAAACUAUGUUUAUUUUUUGGAUAAGACAUGGAUUAGAAAAGAAUAAACAGAUCUGUCGAUACGUGAAAAAGGUCUCUUGCAAUACAUAA